AGCCAGUCCUUUUCAACUCAUUUUCAUGCCAGUCACAAUCAGGGCGGCACAGAAAGGACUGAGGAACAGAAAGGGGCUCAGUUGAGUGACUACCAUGGGCAGCCAUACCAACAGCCCCCUCCUCUGUUUUUUUUUUUUCUUCCUCCCCUGCAGAACAAUGUGUCAGUGUUCAACUGUGCCAGAUUCACUGCAAGAGGUUGCCCCGCGUUUAUUUACGAGUGUAUCCACGAGGUUGUGCGGCAAUCGCCCUACAUUUGACACAGUCUUUAAAUGGCCACAUCAGCAGACAGAUAAUCAGUGAGAUAAAGAAGAGCAUCUUCCAUGCCAACUCGGGCAGGGGUGGAGGUUGUGGUGUGGGGGGUGAAAGGGUGAAGGGAGGGGUGUAUAUAAAAGGGGGCCAAUGGGCAUUCACAAUCCCACGGUCUGUUUGAGCUUCAUCACUCCCUGCCUUCAAACCCAGAGAGCCUGCAGCCAUGACAUUCAACGGAACCUGGAAGGUCGACCGUAGUGAAAACUAUGACAAGUUCAUGGAGCAGAUGGGUGAGUUUUUGAACACCUGGAUCGCUGUGAAUAUUUUAGCAGAGAUACAUUACAAUAGCUCAAUUUUAGAGGGGCUUAUCCUUCCUCUAAAGAAUUCACUUUUUAAUGCAAAAGUGAAGUAUUAAAUGGUUAAAAGCGUACCUUCAAAUUUAAAAAAAGGGGUGGUGGUUGUUUGAAAGUAUACUGCAAUUAAUUGGACUUUUUUGGCUGAUUUCCACUUAUAUUGAUGUUACUUUUUACACAGCUUUCCGUUCGAUUGGCCCUAAAAACUGUAUUAUUGUUUUAAUACAUUUAGGAUACAUUCAACCUAAGUGUAGUCCUUUAUAUUUUAUUCUGUUUUGUGAAGAAACAUUUGAAAUAUGAUCAAAAUGAAGCUCUAAAACGGACAGAUUGAGGUUGUUUCAGGCCCCCCUCAUUAAGUAAGUCUGAUCUGAGCUAUGAUGACAAUCUGUGUGACGGUAUCAUGUUUUUCCAUACAGUUGGACACUGCUGUAUGAGUGAUAAAUAGUACAGAGAUGUGUUGGUAUGUUUGAGUUGUUUAUGGUACAAGACAUAUUAAUAGCAGUGGCGAAAUUCAGAUCUUUCUUUGGACUUGGCCGGGGUAACUCUUGGCAAGCGGACAUGUGAAGACGUCAAACGCAAACUGAGCUGAGACAGAGAAGGGAUUAUUCUCAUUCUCCAAACAUUUAGCAACAUACCGGCGUCAUGUUUUUGUUGUUGUCUGCUCAACAUUUCAGGUGUUAAUAUCAUGAAGCGCAAACUAGCGGAGCAUGACAACCUGAAGAUCAUCAUCGAGCAGACCGGGGACAAGUUCCACCUCAAGGAGUCUAGCACUUUCCGCACCAAGGAAAUCGACUUCUCCCUGGGCGUCCAGUUUGACUACAGCCUGGCUGAUGGCACUGAAGUCUCAGUAAGCGCCAUCAAGUUUUUCAACCAUUAUAGGACCAAUAAACGCUAGUGUGUUUGGUGACUGAACGCCAAACAUGACAGCGAUAGAAAAUCAACAUUUCAUGAUCUACUAAUGGAAGAGAAAAUGCAAGUUCAUACUGUCUGUUUUCAACUAGGGUACAUGGGAGAUGGAGGGCGACAUGCUGAAAGGCAAAUUCACCAGGAAAGACAACAGCAAAGUCCUGACCACCACCAGAGCUCUGGUAGGAGGAGAGCUGGUGCAGGUCAGUGGAUGCAGAAGCAUUUUAAGUACAGAACAGUAUGUUCAGCCAUAACUGCCUCUACAAUACUAAAACGUGUCUUUGUCUUUUUUCCUACAGACUUACAACUACGAGGGAGUGGAUGCUAAGAGGAUUUUCAAGAAGCAGUAAACUGGAGUCAAAAGUUCAUAUUUUUAUUUUUAUAUAGAUGACACACUUUAGAUUUGAUGUUUUUUUUCUAACAGGGCAAAGUCAAAUGGGAUUCAACUUUAUAUACCUAAAAACAUUUCAGUUUUUAAGACUUUUUUUUACUUGAAACUUAACUUGAAAUACAAAAGCAACUUAAGGAGAAAAGGAGAAACUGCUACUCACAAUGUCAGUAUGUGUGCCUUAAAAGAGCCUUAACAACCGGUAUCCCAGCGAUAGCAAACGCUCAGGUUGUAUUCAACCAUGUGGAGUUUUUGUUUUCUUCGCCAGAUUGAAAUUUAUGCUGACAUUCAGUUUUUAAAAUGUCAUUCAGAAAGUUCAGCAGUCACAUAUCUCUCCGGGAACAACGCCCUAAUUACCAAAAACCUGUUGCUAACAGAUUUGGACGACUUUAUUGGGGGCAAAAUACAUAGUUCAAGUUGAUGUAUCCAAGUUACGCAACAGGUAUGUGUCCUCUUGAAAUAUGUGCUGAUGUUGAAUUUUUUAAUGAGUUUUAAAGUUUUAAUUGAUAUACAUGAUAUACAAAUAGUCUAUUUUGAAUUAGAAUGGAAUUGGAAAAUCAUGGCAAAAAACACAUAAACAAGUUAAUCGAGAUCAAAACAGGGAAACGUUCAGCUUAAUUUGAGGGAAAUUACCCUUUAAAUAUCCCUAACAGUUGGGUAAACCUUGACUUUGUCAUACUAUAAACAACAGCAUUCAUUCUCACACUUCAUUUAGCAGUACAGUAAUGAUCCCACACAAGGUUAAAUGUAUUGUACGCUGUCUUCAAACUGUUGGGAAAUAAGCCAAUUUGCACUAAUGGUCCUUUAUUUUAGUUUGUAACAAUAAAGCCAUUUUUUGUCACUUGAUUCCCA